GGCAGCCCAGAGCUGGCCGGGGCCGCGGGGCCGCCGGGCCGGGCCGAGCACCAGCAGCAGCAGCCGCCGCCACAGCAGCCGAGAGCCGCCGCGAUGUCGUCCGUGGCCUCCUACGAGAGCCUGGUGCACGCCGUGUCCGGCGCUGUGGGCAGUAUGACUGCAAUGACUGUAUUUUUUCCUUUGGAUACAGCUAGACUUAGACUUCAGGUUGAUGAGAAACGGAAGUCAAAGACAACACCGGCCGUCCUUCUGGAAAUAAUCAAAGAGGAAGGCCUGUUGGCACCAUAUCGAGGAUGGUUUCCUGUUAUCUCCAGCCUUUGCUGCUCCAAUUUUGUUUAUUUUUAUACAUUUAAUAGUCUUAAAGCCCUUUGGGUCAAAGGUCAGCAUUCAACCACUGGAAAAGACUUGGUUCUUGGAGUUGUUGCAGGAGUAGUGAAUGUACUCCUGACCACCCCUCUCUGGGUAGUGAACACACGCCUGAAGCUGCAGGGAGCAAAAUUCAGAAAUGAAGACAUUGUACCAACCAAUUACAGAGGCAUAAUUGAUGCCUUUCAUCAAAUAGUCCGAGAUGAAGGAGUGUUAGCUCUGUGGAAUGGUACUUUCCCCUCCUUGCUGCUGGUCUUCAAUCCUGCCAUACAGUUUAUGUUUUAUGAAGGCUUUAAACGAAAGCUUUUAAAAAAGCAGCUGCAACUCACAUCUUUGGAUGCUUUUGUCAUUGGUGCAUUAGCCAAAGCAGUUGCCACCACCCUCACUUAUCCUCUGCAGACAGUACAGUCAAUUCUGCGGUUUGGACGCCACAGGCUGAACCCAGAGAACCGAACACUGGGCAGUCUUAGAAAUGUUCUUUACCUUCUUCAACAGAGAGUGAGGCGUUUUGGGUUAGUGGGACUUUACAAAGGCCUUGAAGCAAAGCUCCUGCAGACAGUCCUUACUGCUGCUCUAAUGUUUCUGGUGUAUGAGAAACUGACUGCAGCAACCUUCACAGUCAUGGGAUUAAAGCACUCGCGCAGACAUUGAGGAGGCGCCAAAGAUUCUGGGGUCUAGAAAACACAUUCCAUUUCUGAGACCUGGCUGGGUAAACAAAGGGUCCUCACUUUCUCUGCUUCUCUUUUUAGCCACCUUUACCUCCAUUAUUUGGAGAAAUCUGGAAUAUGCUCUAUAGGAUCUGUUGCCACGAAUUCAGGGAUAGCCCAUUCCCUAUUGUUCUGUGUACUCACUGUGUUAAGAAAAAACCAGAGACCUUAUUUAAGCACUUGACCUGAAAUUUAAACUAUUAUGUGAUUUGGUUAUUUGGUUAAUAUUCUUGGCAAGAAUGACUAUCUCUCACUAUACUUUCUUCUUUGCCCUCAAAUUGUCCUCAACUAUUCUUGGAUCUUUAUCUUCUGUCAGCAGCUGGUUUUGUGUUAUUUUCCUUGACCUGUGUUUGUCACUUCAUAUUUGGUUCAUUAAAAUAAUUCAUAAAGAAUAACAUUUUUGGCAUGGUUUUCUUUUACCUGCAAGUAUGUUUGUGGCACAGGAUCUGAUGUUGCCCCAAAUACCUGGUGAUGAGGUCUCUGAACUGCUGGAAUGGAUAUUAGAAGUGAGUGUACAAUCUGUCUUCUUGAAUCCAGCUAUUUUAAAUCUUGAAAAUUUUGAAUGCAGAUACUGGCUAGAUUGGAAGAAGAUAACCUCUUGCUUUUUCAAGCGGAGUCCCUCAAGCUGCCUCAAGAAAAUGGCCUUGCUACAGAAAUACAUGAAGUUUUAUCACCCUAUUCUUUGUGAGAAUAUGUGAAUUCACACCAUGUUCUUAUGUAGACAGGGGGCACUGCUUCAGAAGUGCUAUGCCUGCUCAAAAUGUGCUUUGUUUAUUUUUCCACUGAUAUUCCCAUACCAUAAAGCCUAAAAUGUGUAUGUUCUAACAUGUCUAUGUUCUUUUUGCAUAGUUUUGGUCAGUAUUCCUAGACUCUAAAAUGCAAAUUAAAUUGUGCUCUGUUAAUUGUUAAGUUGGCAAUAGGAUUGUUCUGAAGAACAGUUUUCUAUUUGAAGUACUGAAAAAAUUCAUGGCAGUUUUAACACCAAGAAUGUCUAGAAGGGGGAGAAGACUUGAAUGCUGCAGGAUUCCAAAUUGCAAAAUGGCACCUGUUCCUGGAGUCUGAAUUGAGUCCAUUUUAAAAAUAAAAUUGUAAAAUAAUUCUGCAGAUAA